UGGGUAUGUAUAAAUAAAUAUAUAUAGAUGGAGCUACUUUUCUGCACGGGGUACGCAGUCUAGGAUUAUUAAUAAGCUACCCACGCUCGCCAGUCCGCUGUUGAGAUGCACUGGGCAGACCCGUCCUCGCCUCUCUGCUUGCAGUCACCAAGGUCAAGUUACUGCACCAACAAGAUGCGGGUGGCACUCAUGGUCCUCUUGGUGGCACUGGUGGGCGUGUCUCUCGGGAAAUUGGCUCCCCUCGAGAAGCCUUACAAGAUCCUCAUGCUGCUGCCCGCGGGGUCGAGGAGCCACAAGGUCUUCUUCAUGAGUGUUGCUGACGCCUUGGCUGAGCGAGGACACAAGGUGGUGAUGCUGUCUGGGUAUCCUGCGUCUUCCAAGAACCCCAACGUCUUGGAGAUCAACCACGGCCUCAAGGAGUUCGAUGUCAAGAACAUGAACCUAUUUGACUUCCGAAAUGAUCCCACGGGAGGCUUUUCUAUCUUGGUGGACAUCCUCCCUGCUAUGGCCAAGAAACUCUACAAAAUCCCUCAGGUGAUGGAUCUGUACCACAAGAGGAAGACGUUUGAUCUCAUCAUUGUGGAUCAAUUGAUGAAUGAGAUGAUCUAUCCGUUCGUGCACGAACUAACGUACAUGACAAUAGCGGCCUUCGGGAUGGACGCGUGUCACAGCGCCGUGCUGGGCAACGUCCAGAACCCGGCCUACGUGUCUGGGAUGCUGGAGGAGUACCCGAGCCCACUCAGCUUGAAGCACCGCUUCCUGAACCUGAUGCAGCACAUUCUGAUGCCAUUUUACUGCUGGAGGCACUGGUCUGUUGUGCCUAAAAUCCAGAAGGAGGUUAGCUAUUAUCUCGGACAUCUUCCCGGACUUCCGCCGCUGCUGGACAUCGAGCGCAACCAGAGCCUGACGCUGAUCAACUCGCACUUCUCGAUAGACGUGGCUGUUCCUCUGCUGCCGUCGCAGGUGGCGGUGGGCGCCAUCCAUUGCCGCCCCGCGAAUCCCUUCCGAAGGUGGGUGGGGAUAAGAGCACUGAUGGAACUAGAAGCCUGGAUCUCCGGCGCAGGACCAGAGGGCGUCGUGUACUUCAGCCUGGGAACCGUAGCUUCGCGGUCACCCCAACGAAAGUGUUUAGUGUUCAUCACCACGGAGGUCUUCUCAGCACCCAAGAGUCCGCUGUACCACGCCACGCCCGUCGUCGCUCUGCCCAUCUUCGCGGACCAGCCUAAGAACGCGAUGACUAUUCAGAAACGAGGUGUUGGCGUCGUGCUGGUGUGGGAGGAACUGUCAGUCGACCUCAUCGUCGAUUCAGUUCAUGAGGUGAGGAACACAGUGCGCGACACAGCCGGACACACCAAGGAACGUGCAGUAUACUGGACCGAGUACGUGGUUCGCCACCAGGGAGCGCCCGCGCUGAGGAGCCCGGCGGCGAAGCUCUCGUGGGUCGAGUUCCUCCUGCUGGACGUGCUGCUGGUGCUCCACGUCGUCGUGUACGUGGCCUUCUGCGUUCUGUCGCGGGUCGUGAGGGCGGUGAAAGGGAGGCUCUUUCCGGGCAGCUCCAAGAAGAAGAGGGACUGAGAGUGAUAUUUAGUACACACAUACAUACGUAUAUAUACGGUUUUAUGUGUGUGUGAGUGUGUUUGUGUG